GAUAUAUACAAAUAAAAACGUUAGGAAUGCAUGCCGACUGAAUUGAAACCCUGAGCCUGUUUUACCGAAGCUCUGCGCCGUAAGCGCUACAGCUCAGGCGCGGGCUUAUUCCGGCGCUGUAGAGUACGUCAGCACGUACCAGCUGCAAGCAAGCUCAUUCCGACGCUUGGCGUGUUACCAACAACGCUGAAGUUGCGGGAAGAUUAGCCGAUUGGUGAUGGCCCUCAACAGCAUGGAAGAGAAUAAGCUGGACGCAGUGCCGUUCCGGAGUGUGCUGGCUCCUGAGAUGUACGCAGAAAGAAACGCUCAUACCUGCGACCUUUCGCUAGAUCUAUUCCAGGUAUACAAGAUGGCAUUCAGGACACCAAGUGAUGAAAGUCAGCAAUUCCUAGACAUUGGUUGCGGCCCAGGAGACUUCAUGCGAAACUGGAUUUUGCCGUCAUGCGAGCCAUGCAAGAGGAUCGUCGCUGUCGAUUCCUCGAUAAGCAUGAUCGAGUACGCCAAGAAAAAUUACGCACACGAGAAGAUCUUAUACGAACAUCUAGACAUUGACAACGACGUCUCGGCCUUCUCGAAGAAGCACGGUGCCUUCCAACGAGUGUACUCGUUCAAGACUCUGCACUGGUCCAGAGACUUGCACCGCUGUCUGGGCAAUAUUGCCCAGUUGCUGAGUCGCGGUGGCGAGUGUCUGCUGUACUUUCAUGCAAGGUCAUUUUUGUUCGAGUCCUUCAAGGAACUGAGUCACCUCGAGCCUUGGACGAAAUAUGCUGAUGUUCUUUUGCGAGCCGUGCCGAAAAGCCACAACAUAGUGAACCGAAGAAGCCUGCAAGACUACCUCUAUUCAGCUCUUUCUUCAGCAGGACUGGUUCCUUACACCGCCGAAGUACUGGUCAGUCAGCAAUGUGUCCAAAGUAAAAAUCCCGGCACUGAUGGAUUAUACCAGAUAGGCAACCCGCUGUUCUCGCUACUCGACGACGAGGAAAGGCCUGCUUUUGUCGACGCCCUCUCGAGACACCUAAAUGAGUGGCAUGAUUUGUACUGCAGAAGUGGCGGUCAGAAUGUGUUCUCAGCGUUCCUCGUGCAUGCAGUGAAGCCUGAGGAGUGACAACACCCUUCCUUCUUCCCCACAUCUGUUUGUUUCAGUGCGAGAAUGAGAGUUCUUUGUUCUAAAGUUUACUUCUGGUCUAUGCAUUGGUUUUGUACGCACUUUAUUGAUAAUGUGUGCAUUGGGCCUCCUUUGUAUUGGGCAGGCUAUAAUACUCUCGAUACUCAAUUUUUCCUCUUUAUCUUUUUGCAUAUUUGUUUAUUUUUGCGCAUCUCCUCUUAUCUUUACUGUUUUCUCCUCUGCCCCCCCCCCUGCCACAUCCGCUAGUGCAAGGGUAGCAAACCGGAUGUGUCAAUCUUGGUUGACUUCCCUGCAUUUCGCAAGCACUACGUAUACAUUUGGCUAGCCAGCGAAGGCAUUUGUAUCUCUCUUACGGGACAGAGGAGUCUGUCCCUAUAUCACGCAAGGCGAUAACUGCUAUGAAGAAAUAA